CCGGUGAUUUUCCUGUCAGGAAAAGUCAGUUUUCUCACAUUUGAAGCUGGUGUGUGGUCAUAUCAAACCUCUCUCACUCUGUGUCAAGUCCCCGAAAGAAGACGAGGAACCAAGGUCUCAGUGUAGACUUUAGGAAAUGUUUGAAAUUGAGACUUUCUGUUGUGUCCUGUGACUGGAGAUUGUGUCUGCUCACAGGAAAAGCAAUUUAUGUUUAUCUGAAAACUUUUAAGGAGUGCCAAAGAUUUUAACGCUGUAUGGAAGCAGCCAUGUCGUAUCUUUUUAUUGUGGGACUUGUGGUACUUUGGAGUUCGCAGCUUCAGGCCGAUCCAGUACCCAACCGGUGCAACACCACCCGUACCAUUCUGCACACGACCCCGUGCACAUCCUGCGCGGCCUCCCAUGCUGUCGUCUGCCCGGAAGGUUUCAGGAAAACGUCUAUGAACGCCGGGAACCCCGGAUGCAGUUAUGUGGUGAGCAUCGGAGACCGUCACGUUGAACUUCCCGGCUGCUCACACACCUGUGAGAAGGUGACGACGGAGGAGAAGUGCUGUCCGGAUUUCUGGAGUCCGCUGUGCUUGCCUUGUCCCAGUUGGUCAGGACAGACUUGUAAUGGUCACGGUACGUGUGUAUCUGGAGACUCGGGAAACGGCACCUGUGUUUGUAAGGAGGGAUAUACAGGUUUUGCCUGCCAGGAAUGUUCAAAUACGAACGCUUAUGGAAACCAAUGCAGCUCAGAGUGCGACUGCGUGAAAGGAAAGUGUAACUCCGGACCAGAUGGCAAUGGAGAGUGUUAUUGUCAACCGCCUUACUCAGGACCAAAGUGCAAUAAAGUUUCUUCAUCUUGUUCAAACUGUCCAAACUACUCGUAUUGUAAGGGAGAUGGCACAAAUGCUGUAUGUGAAUGUCUGCCUGGGUAUGAGAAGAUUGGAAGUGUUUGUACAGGUAGGUGUUCACAGAGCAUUUGCAGUGUGAACGCAAAAUGUUCAUUCACGAGUGGAAAGUUUAACUGCAGGUGUAAACAGGGAUUCGUGGGUGACGGGAAACACUGCGUUCCCAUAAACCCCUGUGAGACUAAUAACGGAGGCUGUCCGGAAGAUUCCACCACCUGUGUUUUAACAAACCCAGGAGAGACAAAAUGUGUGUGUUUGCCUGGAAUGGAGUCGUCGGACCCAUUGAGCGGCUGUACACUGAAGUCGGCCUGCAGCCCGAGUUCGUGCCACAGCAGCGCCCGCUGCGAAACGAACUCAGACGGCACGCCCAGAUGCCUUUGCAACGCUCAGCAGAUUGGCGAUGGCAGACGUUGCUAUGGUAACCUCAUGGAAAGGGUUCUGGAGCUGGACAGAGAGGGCAGUGAGGCGGGAAAUCUCACAGGAAGCGCUCGACUGCUCGAGCAAGGGUGUGAGUUUAUUCUGAGCCAACAUGGCCCAUUCACACUUUUCAUUCCAGUGGGACAGAAUCCGUUCCAAACGGUUUUAGGUAAACCCUCAGCCAGCAUGAAUGCAGUGUGUAAAAAUCACCUCAUCUUCGGACAGAGGCUUUAUAAAGAUUUAGAGGGAAAUGAUCUGUUGACUAACGGAGGAGAAAAGAUCAGAUUCAAAACAAAUAAGCAAUUCAUCUUGAUGAGAGAUCCAGACGUAUUAUUCACGAUACUCAAAAGUGACAUUCCAGCAUCAAACGGAAUCAUUCACCUCAUCGACAAGCCUUUCACCUUGGCUCAUACUGAAUCUUCCGACACCAACACUGAGUUCUCCUCAAAGACCAUCGGGGAAAUUUUCAGAGAAGAUGACAGAUUCAAUCGAUUCCUGUCUCUGGUUGAUAACUGCGGGACGCUGCUGCCCGUCAGAGGUCCAGGUCCUUUAACUGUGUUUGUCCCGACCAACAAGGCCAUUGACAGAUUUAGAGAUGGAAGCGUUGUAUACAUGCUAAAUGAUGCCAAACCAAAACUUCAAAUGCUUUUAAAGCACCACAUGUUCUCCCAGGCUGCUAUAACCGUGGAUCAGUUGGCCAGCAUGUCUGAGAUCACCACCAUGGCCAAUGAGAUCUUAACCAUCAACGUCACUGGGGAUGGAAGAGUCUUUCUGGGCGAUAAAGGAAUACCUCUUGAAACAAAAGACAUUGUUGCGUCCAAUGGAAUAAUUCAUCUGAUUGACGGAGUUCUUGUACCAUCCUCUAUAGUUCCCAUAAUGCCCCAUCGAUGUGUCGUCAAUGAGAGCAAGAUCGUCAUGGGUCCGUGUGUCAGGUGUAGUUAUCUCUACGAGACGCACUGUCCACCUGGAAGUGUUGAGCUGGAAAAUCAUCUAAGAGGCUGUGAGCUAGAACCUGACCAACGAUCGUAUUCGCUUGCAGAUACAGGCUGUGCCAAAUACUGUAACGUUACACAGACGAGAGCUGAGUGUUGCAGUGGUUUCUAUGGGCCCAACUGUAAACCAUGCAUUGGAGGUUUCCAGCAUCCAUGUUAUGAUAAAGGGAAAUGUUUUGAUGGAAUCGCAGGUAACGGCUCCUGUAAUUGUGAGCCGCGGUUUAAGGGAAUCGGCUGCCACAUCUGCGCAGACCCCAAAAAACAUGGAGAGAACUGCGAUGAAGAUUGCCGCUGUGUUCACGGUGCCUGUGAUAACAGACCCGGCAGUGCAGGCGUGUGCAGGAGGGGUUCAUGUGUGGCCGGAUAUUCGGGGGAUCUUUGUGAUCAGACAAUCUCCCCUUGCAAUGCAGAUAGCGUGUUUGAGUACUGCCACAUCCACGCCAAAUGUGUCUACCACAACGAUCAAACCAUGUGCGUUUGUCUGCCUGGAUAUGAAGGGGACGGAUAUACGUGCACUGAAGGGGAUCUGUGCCUGAAACCUGAUAGAGGAGGCUGCCAUCCCAAUGCCGGCUGUACGUACGAAGGAGGAAAGGUGAAUUGUGUUUGUAUGGAGGGAUGGACAGGUGAUGGGACGUUGUGUGUGGAGAUCAAUAACUGCCAGCUGGAAAGUCGUGGUGGUUGUCACGAACAUGCUGACUGUACGUCGACCGGGCCAGGACAGAAUGAAUGUAGCUGCAAAAAAGGUUACAUGGGAGAUGGUGUCGUCUGUCAAAUCGUCAACCCCUGUUUGACAGAUAAUGGAGGAUGCGACUCUCAGGCCACGUGUAAAUUAAAUAAUGAUGGAACGCACGACUGCACAUGCCCAAGUGGAUUUGAGGGGGACGGAUUCACCUGUUACAGCAACAUGCUUACGGAGCUAGAUGGAAACUCUGAAUUUUAUAAUUUUAAUCUCCGUCUUCAACGGCACUUAGUGAUUGACAGCGGCAGCAGGGUUACGGCUUUGGUUCCCUCCAAAGCGGCUUUCAAAAACCUCAGCGCUUCUGAUGAGAAUUUUUGGUUUGAUUAUUACAGACUUCCACACCUUCUUCGAGUUCACUUUUUAGAUGGAAUUUACACCUAUGAAGACCUGAAGCAACAAGUUGGUAAAACACUCCCGACCAUUGGCAAAACAAAAUGGGGCGUUCAAAGCAAAGGAACGGAGCUCAUGAUCGGCAGUGCUACAAUUGUCGUUCCGGACAUCAAGGCAAUUAAUGGAUGCAUUCACAUCAUUGACACGGUUCUUCUACCACCUGUUUCUGAUAUUCCUCCACCUCCUCCCAGUUUGAUGGAGGUGUUGAACAACACUCCAGCAUUCAGUCUUUUUCGGCAGGCAGCACUGCUUUACAACUUGGCAGAUAGCAUCCCGACCAGAGAUUACACCAUUUUUGUCCCAUACGAUAGCGCCGUACGUGACUACCUGAAUAAAACCAACUCUACACAGCUGAGCAUAGACGUUGUGAAAUAUCACGUAGUUAUAAGUGAACAACUCUUUCCUGAACACUUGGGCGAUGGAGUCUUCAAAAGCACGUUUUUGGAAAACGGCACUCAAAUCAUGUUUUACAUAGACAGUGAAAAUCAGACAAUGGCCAAUGAUGUUUCUAUAAACGGGAGCUUCAUCGAGACGAGACACGGCGCUUUGUAUGGGAUCCCACGUGUCUUGGACAUUCACAAGAACCAUUGCAGUAAAGAUGUGGUUUUAAGAGUUGCUGGUCGUUGUGGAGAUUGUAAAGCUGCACCUAAAUGCCUCUUUAAUACUUAUCCAAUACAGCCAAGGUACCCUCAAAACAUGAAGUCAAACUGUAGGUACCGGACAAGAGUCGGAAAGAAGAGAAAAUAUGUGCCGGGCUGCCAUAUGGACUGCUUGAAAAAAACAAAGGACCACUCUUGUUGUCCUGGAUACUUUGGGCACGACUGCUUUAAAUGUCCUGGGACGGUGGAUAACUGGUGCUCCAACAAUGGCCAGUGUAAAGAUGGACUUCAUGGCACCGGGGAGUGUCUCUGUAAUGAGGGGUUUCAUGGGACUGCAUGCGAGAUGUGUGAACCCGGGAGAUAUGGACAAGACUGCAAGUCAGAAUGUCAGUGUAAUCAUGGCAUGUGUGUGGAUGGGAUUGAGGGAACCGGCCAAUGCAUUUGUUUUAAAGGAUGGAAGGGAGUGAAUUGCUCUUUUGAGAUUGUUAAUGAUGCCUGUGGUGGAGUUUGUGAUGUCAAAGCCAAUUGUAUCUCAGGAGGUUCAGGAACUCCGGUUUGUUCCUGUACGGCAGGUUAUGAGGGCAAUGGGACUUUCUGCAAAGAAAUUAACCCAUGUGACACACACAAUGGAGGAUGUUCAGCGUACGCAGACUGCGUGAAAACGCAACCAGGAGAAAGAGACUGCGUAUGUAAAAAGGGAUACACGGGCGAUGGUGUCAUGUGUCUCGAAAUCGAUCUCUGUUUAGUGGACAAUGGAGGAUGUGACAAAAAUGCUUUAUGCCUAAAAACUGGACCAAACAGGGUCGCCUGCACGUGUAGACCUGGUUUCACUAGUAUAGGUCAUAGAUGUCUGGCACUUAAUCCAUGUCGAAAGAAUAAUGGUGGCUGCAGUCUUAAUGCUGUCUGCAAAUACCUGGGGGAAGGGGAGCGCAAUUGUUCCUGCUAUAUUGGUUACAAAGGAGACGGUUUCAAUUGUGCGGGAACUGUCAGUAGAGAGCUUCUUCGUAAACCCGAGGCUGCUUGGUUCCGAAGAAAUUUAGGCGUGUCCUCUGUGCGAGAUUUGUACAGUUCAGGACGGUUUACCUUGUUUGUACCUCACGCUGAUUACGUUGUUAACCAAACGGUUGAAGCAUGGCUAAAUAAAAGCUUCAGUGCAGAUGUGAUGCGAAAUCACAUUGUUGGCUGUGAAGAACUACGAGAGUCAGACCUGAAGUCUGUUAAAGAAGUCGUCACCGCUAGCGGAUUUAAAUUACGAUUUAGCGUUAGAGAUGGUGUCGUGUAUAUCAACGACAAUGCAAAGAUUAUCACCAGUGAUUACGAGUGCAUCAACGGAGUCAUACAUUUCAUAGACAAGCUCCUCCUUCCAUACGACCUGCCGAAGAAAAUGCCCGGGAAAUACCCAAAUUCAAACGUUACUGCCGCUGCCGAGCAAUAUGGCUUCAAAACUUUCAGCAAACUUCUCAAGGAUGCCGACAUGAUGCAUGUGGUGCUACAUAAACCGUUUCACCCUUUGACCAUGUUCUGGCCAACCGACAAUGUUUUCAACAAUCUCCCUGAAGAAAGAAAGGCAUGGUUGUACAAUGAAGAGCAUCGUGACAAACUACAAGCCUAUCUUAAAGCUCACAUAGUGCGCGACCAAAGGACCCUCGCUAUUAGUCUAACAUCUGAGAAAAAAGUGUCGACGUUGUUUGGAACAGAGAUUACCUUCAGCUGCAACAAAGACUUAAUUGGUGAUAUUUUAAUUGGUGGAAACAAUGCCAGAAUUGUAUCGCGAAACAUGCUGUUCGACUCUGGAAUUGCUCACGGGAUCGACCAGCUCCUGGAACCACCAAGCAUUGGUGCACGCUGUGAUGACUUUGCUAGUACAGAGACAAAGGGAUUGUGUGGUUCCUGCUCUCUACCACCCCGAUGUCCCCUUGGUUCAGACGAUACAAACAAAACUAACAUCUGCAGACGACCACACACGCCUUAUAUCCAUCGACGGCCAUUUUAUAAUAGCUAUUCUGGUUUGUAUUCGUACGGUUACGGGCAUAAUUCCUACAGUUCUUGGAUUGGCUGUAAUCGAGUCUGCACCAAAAUGGCGUGGGGUUUCAAGUGCUGCAAAAACCACUAUGGAAAAGACUGUCAAGUGUGUCCUGGUGGUCUGGAAGCCCCGUGUGGUGAACAUGGCGACUGUGAUGACGGACAACUUGGAACCGGGAAGUGUAAAUGUCACACGGGGUUUACAGGUACAGCUUGCGAGCUGUGCGAGAACAAUCGUUUCGGACCCAACUGCACAGCGUGUAAUUGCACGACAAACGGCAAAUGCGACGAGGGUCUAGAUGGUAACGGCAGCUGCUUUUGUCAGGAGGGAUGGACGGGUACGUUCUGCGAGACAAAGAUCGAAGUAAAGCCGGUCUGUUCACCUGCCUGUGAUCUCAAUGCAGUCUGCCUUCCUGAAAAUCAGUGCGAAUGUGUGCCGCCUUAUGACGGAAAUGGUGUAAACUGCACGGCUCCAGAUCUUUGCAGCGAGUAUAACGGAGGUUGCCAUGAACAAGCGGAUUGCCUGCAGACUGGGAUCAAAGUCAAUUGUUCUUGUCGAACAGGCUAUUCGGGAGAUGGACACGCUUGUUCACCAAUCAACCGUUGCAUGGAGGAAGCAAACGGAGGCUGCAGCGAUUUCGCCAAAUGCAUUUUCACUGGACCCAAUGAGAGGCGUUGCGAAUGUCUCCAGGGGUACGUUGGAAACGGGAUCCAGUGUUUGGAGAAGGUCGUGCCCCCCGUUGACCGCUGUUUGGAGGAAAACGGAGGUUGCGACCCCAAAGCUUCGUGCAAAGAUCUUCAUUUCCACACAAAAACAGCCGGCGUUUUCCAUCUGCGAUCGCCUGAGGGGAAAUACAAAUUAAACUUUAGCAAAGCACAAGAAGCUUGCGAAAAAGAGGGGGCAGUGCUCGCGACCUUCUCCCAACUGUCUGACGCCCAGCAGCUUGGAAUGCACAUGUGUGUGGCAGGAUGGAUGGACGGACAAAAAGCAGGUUAUCCGAUCCGGUUCCCUUCCGUUAAAUGCGGGGAUAACCACGUGGGUAUCGUGCUGUAUAAAGAGCCAGUCAACAUCAGUUGGACUUAUGAUGCUUAUUGUUACAGCAUGAGAGAGGUGUCUUGUGAAUGCGGACCAGGAUACGUUGGCGAUGGGGAAUUCUGUAAUGGAGAUUUGGCCUCAAUUAUUGCCACAACGUCGAAUUUUUCAGUGUUUUACAGAACUUUACUCGGAUACGCAGAAGACACUGAGGAUGGGAAGAAACUCCUAAACGUCCUGUCAGACGUCUCUGCAAACAUUACUGUCUUUGUUCCUCAUAAUGACGGUUUCGCUGCAAACCAGACCUUGUCUUUGAGAGAUUUGGAGUAUCAUAUAUCAACCGUUAAUAAUGUCCACUACUUUGAAAACUUAAAGAACAACACAGGAAUCCCAUCUCAUUUGGGCUCGGACCUCAUCAUAGCAAUUCCCUCAAACGCCACCGGUCAGGCCGAGGACUCUCAACCCCAAAAACUGGUGAAUAAGAAGAUUAUAUUAGCCUGGAACAUUCCAGCUAUCAAUGGACUGAUCCACGUCAUUGACGCGCCAUUUAGGGCGCCCCCUGUUGAUGUGGCACCAGUUCUUCCCAUCACACAGUCCAGUGGCGUGGCAGUGACUACUGUUCUCAUUAUCAUCAUCAUCAUCUGUAUUGCUGCUGCACUUGCAUACUAUGUUCUCAAACAUAAGAACGAUGCAUUUCGUUUUCAAUAUUUCAAGAACGAUGAUGAAGAUGGCACUUCUACAAAAGGCGGUGGAAACCCUGCUCUGGUUUCCAUUCCAAAUCCUUGUUACAGUGGAUACAAGGCAUUCGCAGAACCAUUUGGGGAUUCGGCUGCUACAGACACACCAAACCUCAUCGACUAGCACAGAUUUCUAAGAUCGUCUCCUUUCCCGACCACCACAGAGGACCUCUCCAAAUAUCUCAGCAACCUUGUAUAUUAUACCUAAAUGAUACUUGAAAUGCAUCAUGUAAAUACAUUCCACACAAUUCCAUGUGCUUACGAUUUCUUUAUAGUCAGUCAAUAAAGAAAACAGCCGUUCAAAA